UGAAAUAUUUGAUUAGCUGGAGUGGGUGUAAUGAAAGAUUAGGGCUCAGGUAAAAAGGAUCUAUCGAUGGAGGUGUAAAGCCUCGGUCCUUUAUAAUGGGACUUUACCACAUGCUGCUGCCCACAUGCUGCCGACAAUGACCAGGCUGCUCGAUCUCCGCUGAGAGCAUUAACCCAACAGUCCGUGAAGGCAAUGGAUCUUCCCACCACGUCAGUGGGGAUUGAGAACGGGACCGUCGGUGCUUUUGACGGUCCCCAAUGGCCUUACUUUGCCCCCAAAAGCACCUACAUGGCGGUGGCCACUCUGAUGGGCACCGUGGUGAUUCUGGCCUCCUUUGUUAAUGGGCUGGUCAUCGUGGUGUCCAUCAAAUACAAGAAGCUCAGAUCUCCGCUCAACUACAUCCUGGUCAACCUGGCCAUUGCUGAUCUGCUGGUCACCUUCUUCGGCAGCACCGUCAGCUUCUCCAACAACAUCAAUGGCUACUUCGUGCUCGGAGAAACCGUCUGCCAGUUCGAAGGCUUCAUGGUCUCCUUGACAGGUAUCGUGGGCUUGUGGUCGCUGGCCAUUCUGGCGUUCGAGCGAUACAUUGUGAUCUGCAAACCAAUGGGUGAUUUCCGCUUCCAGCAGAAGCACGCCGUGUGGGGCUGCCUCUUCACCUGGCUGUGGUCCCUGUUCUGGACCUUGCCGCCCCUCUUUGGUUGGUGCAGCUAUGUGCCCGAGGGGUUGAGAACAUCAUGUGGCCCCAACUGGUACACAGGGGGAGCCAACAACAGCAGCUACGUGGUCGCUCUCUUCAUCACCUGCUUCACAUUGCCCCUCAGCUUAAUCAUCUUCUCCUAUGCCAGUCUGCUGGUGGUCCUGCGAGCUGUCGCUAAGCAACAGAAAGAGUCGGAAACGACGCAGCGAGCGGAGCGAGAGGUGACCCGCAUGGUGGUGAUGAUGGUGGGGGCGUUCCUGGUCUGCUGGCUGCCCUACACUUCCUUCGCCAUGGUGGUGGCUAUUAACAAGGACAUUGUCAUCCAUCCCACUCUGGCCUCCAUGCCCUCCUACUUCUCAAAGACAGCCACUGUCUACAACCCUGUCAUCUACAUCUUCAUGAACAAACAGUUCCGGCACUGUCUCCUGAGCCUGAUGUGCUGUGGGCGCAAUCCGUUUACAGGCGAUGAAGACACCACGUCCAGCAGCGCGAGCGGCAGCCGGACUGAAGCCACCACAGUCUCCGAAGGGGGCAAUAACAAGGUUGUGCCCGCUUAGCUUAGCCUGCCGCGCUUCCAACACACUGUUGGACAAAGGUCAUAACCCAGACAGACUAGACUCUGUGCAUCUGGCUCUGAAUCAUUGAAGCCAUUGAGUCUCCCCGAGCAACAAUCUAGAACAAUCUAAAUUUAGGAACGUUAUCUCCAGCCUGUCAGUAGUGAUUUGCUGGAAGAGUCCAUUCCAUUGUAUAGUGCUCUGGUGGGUGUUAGUUCGAUCUCACCACCCCCACCCUCUCCUCCUUUCAAUUUGUUGUUGCUGUCUCUCUUUGAUGCCUCCUUCACCAGCCAACCAGUUCUGGCCAUCUCUUCCUAAAU